CAUUUAUUUAUGCCUUAUAUUUCAUCUGCACUACGAAAAGGUAGAUUCUUCCACUUUACUUACCGAUGUUUUAUAUAAAAUACAUUUUACAAUAACCGUAUGCAUUCGAUUUAAAUUAAGGAGCAUCAAUUAGUUAUAAAGCCUAGAAAUGGUACCUGAACUUGAGUUUUCCGUUAAAGAGAGUGAAGUUAUAGAAGAACUGAGAAGGCGCUUCAAAGAAAAUAUUGGAACUGAUAAGUAUGAAGAUAAAAUGAUGUUUUAUAGGUUUUUAAAAGCUCGGGAUUUUAACGUUGACAGGGCAGAAGAGAUGCUUAAAAAGCACUUGGAAUGGCGAGAAGAAAAAAAAGUUGAUACACUUCUUAGGUACUACAAGCCGAAUGAGGUUUUUCAUAAAUAUCUCAGCGCUAGUUUUGUAGGAUUUGAUAAAGAAGGCUGCAUUGUACGAUACAUACCUUACGGAAAAAUAGACAUGAAAGGUGUAUGUAUGUCUAUGAAAUACGUAGAUUUCGAACGAUACAUCAUCUAUUUGAUGGAAAAUGACUUGGCCUCUCUUGAAAAUCAAAGCAAAAUUUUAGGUAGAAACGUAAGCAAGUGUGUCUACAUAUACGAUUUCGAAAAUUUGUCUUUUGCUCAAUCAACCGACAGAAAAUGCAUUGAAAAUGCAAUGGCAGCAUUUAAAAUUUAUCAGGAUAACUACCCAGAGCGCCUGAAAGCAGCGUUUGCUAUAAAUGCAUCCAUGUUUUUUUCCGUUGGAUUCGCCAUCGUAAAAUCUUGUAUAGCUUCCUCUAUUCUGAAGAAAGUGCAUAUUUUCGGGCAAGAUGGAUGGAAAGAAGAGUUAUUGAAAUGUAUCGAUGGUGAAGUGCUUCCUGCUUUUCUGGGAGGGAAGAAGACAGAUCCUGAUGGCAACCCCCUGUGCAAAACAUUUAUAAAUCAUGGUGGCAAAGUACCAGAGAAAUAUUAUAUACACAAGAGUAUACGAUCGCUGGCCGAUGCAGAAGAAGCGAAAAGAAUUGUGUUGCCAAGAGCUUCUUACCACGAAGAAACAAUCAUAGUCGAAGAACCUGAAUCCUUCCUAGAAUGGGAAUUCGAAACAAAAGCCCGUGAUGUCGGUUUUGGCCUCUUCUUGCAGGAAAUGGAUUCCGAAGGAGAAAAGAUGACAGAACUAGUCCCCAUUCAAAGGAUAGACACUGAUGAAUAUGCUGAGACUGGAAUGUAUAAAUGUGAAAAGGCUGGCAAAUAUAUCAUAUUGUUUGACAAUACCUACAGCUGGCUUAGAUCCAAAGAAAUAUAUUUUAAGCUCUCUGUAAAGAAUCCUGAAGUUGGACAGAAGAUUCAGUUUUAAUUUGAAUUUUGAAAUACAGCAUCAAUUUUACCUAGAUUUUACUAACUUCCCGAUCAGCUAUUGCAGAGGUGGAGAAAAUGCGGUCUUAAUAAAAGCUAGCACUUGUAUUUUACUAUUUUAUACAAAGGUUCAACUACUCAGAUAGCAUUAGUUUGAAAAUCAAGUUCAAAAUUAUUAUAUGUAAAAUAGUUCGAAUUUUUUUCCGUGUCAAACUGUAGUCAGUUGUCGGCAUAAAGUGAGAAUGUUCAAUUAAUUUCAAACAAAAGUCAAAAAAACGAUCACACUAAUUUUUUAUUGGACUUUAAAAUUACUUUACGUAUUAUUGCUUUAUAUUACUGGUUUUUUUUCUAAUUUAACAUCCUUAUUUUUCUAAUUAAUAACUUUCUAAGAAAAUGCAAAUGCUUAGAAAUAUUUAAAAGUAUUUUUACUCAAUUAUUUUCAUUUCAAAUGGUAUUUAAGCACGUAGUUCUUUCUUAAAUAAAAUAUAAAAAGUUGUUUAACUCGUCUACAUACAAAAAUGUAUUUCAUAGUA